AUGCAGAGAGUCUUCCCGCCAGAGAGACCCGAAAGAGACUACAGGGUCGACAGGAGAUCCGGUCGAGACAAUCGUGACAGACGAAGUGAACCCUACACGCCAUCUCAGAGAGGGAACAAGGGAAGGAGAGAUUACGAUCAAGCACCAAGUACGCGCCCGCGCGAAAGAGCGAAACUCCCAGAGUACCUCCUGUCCAUUUCACCCGUAGAAGCUGUAACAGCUUUGAUGAACCUUGGCGAUAAGGUCAGCUGGCCGGAGAAAAUGAGGGCUCCACCCGACCAAAGAGACAGAUCAAAGUGGUGUGAUUUUCAUAGUGACCACGGUCACCGCACGGACGAAUGCAUCGCACUCAGAUUGGAAGUGGCGAACUUAUUGAAAAAAGGGCACCUCACCAAUUACUUGACUGACAAAGGCAAGCAGACCCUGCAGCAGGUGAGGGAUAGACAAGAGAAACACAGAGAUGACAGCCCACCGGACCCGCCACAUCAUGAGAGAACUGUAAACGUGAUAUCCGGAGGUUCCGAAGUUAGCGGAAUCACCCACUCAGCCGCCAAGAGACACACCAGACAGGCUAGAUCAAGUAAAUCAGGAGUUCCGCCUUCAGGAAGAACGGGAACAACAGACCCUACUCAACUGAUCAGCUUUGCAACCUCCGAAUCAGACAAGCUUCUACACCCUCAUCAUGAUGCUUUAGUUAUUUCCAUUUACAUUGCUAACUGUUUAACAAAGCGUGUACUAAUAGACAAUGGUAGCUCUGCCAAUAUUCUGUUUUACAGUGCAUACAGGGAGAUGGGUUUGGACGAGUCCAAACUAAUCAAGAAAGCUGCCGUACUCAUCGGCUUCAGUGGCGAGAGUACGACUACUGUAGGGGAGAUCGAUCUUCCCGUCUACGCAGAAGGAGUCAACCAAACUGGAACUUGGAAACUGUACGUUGAUGGAUCCAGCAACGUACGAGGGAGUGGACUUGGAGUCGUCCUCUCAUCACCACGAGGAGACAACAUUGAGCGGUCAAUCCGAUGUGAUUUCAAAACAACCAACAAUGAGGCCGAAUAUGAAGCCAUGAUAGCUGGACUCGGACUAGCUAAAGAAAUUGGGGUAAAACGCAUUAACGUAUUUAGUGAUUCUCAACUUGUAGUUAAUCAGAUGCAGGGUACAUUUCAAGCCAAAUAUACGAAAAUGACGGCUUACCUGGGCAAGACGAAAGAACUCCAAUCGUGCUUUGAAGAGUUCACCAUCAAUCAAGUGCCGAGGGGGGAAAACGGCCAUGCUGAUGCUUUGGCCAACCUAGGGUCAGCAAUUCAGACUGCACAACCUAAAACCAUAACAAUCACUUGCCUUCAAUAUCCAGCAAUACAAAGAGAUGAGGCCGAAGAACGCGUGACUGCAGUAUCAGUCGGACAAACAUGGAUCACCCCCAUAAUGGAAUAUCUCGAGAGAGAUAUACUCCCGAAGGACAGAAAUGAAGCACGUCGGCUUAAAGCUCAAGCAGCACGAUUCUGCAUCAUCCGAGGUAAACUGUAUAAACGUUCAUUUACCGGUCCAUACUUGAAAUGCAUUAACCCUGCAGAAGCAAGAUACGUCUUGUCCGAGUUACACGAAGGUGAAUGUGGCAAUCACUCAGGAGGAAGAAGCCUCGCACACCGCGCAUUAACCAGCGGUUACUAUUGGCCCACCAUGAAAACUGACGCAGCUGAUUAUGCUAGAAAGUGCGACAAAUGUCAACGAUUCGCCCAAAUAUCACACAUGCCCCCGGAGCCCCUGACUGCUAUCACUUCACCAUGGCCAUUCAUGAAAUGGGGGAUGGAUAUUGUAGGCAAACUGCCCACCGCACCCGAGCAGAAGGCUUAUAUGUUGGCAGUAACAGAUUAUUUUAGCAAGUGGAUAGAAGCAGAGUCUUUCCACCAAGUGCGCGACAAAGAAGUCAAGGGGUUCAUAUGGAAGAGCGUUAUCUGCCGGUAUGGGGUACCCAAAGAGAUUGUCACGGAUAACGGAUCACAAUUCAUCAGCGCGGACUUUCAGGACUUUUGUAAGUUCUGGAAUAUAAAGCUGAGCUUCUCAACACCAAGAUAUCCUCAGGCAAACGGACAAGCGGAGUCUUCCAACAAAACCAUCAUGAACACCCUGAAGAAACGGCUAGAGAAGGCCAAAGGCAAAUGGGCAGAUGAGCUACCAGGCGUAUUAUGGUCCUACCGAACAACUACAAGAACAUCGACAGGGGAAACACCGUUUUCCCUUGCCUAUGGGAUGGAGGCAGUAAUCCCAACAGAAAGCGAAGUACCCACCGCCAGAUAUGAGCUCACGACAGACAACGAGAAUUAA